UUUGUAGCCCAGGUCCAGCUGUGGCCAGGGCACCUGGGCCGUGCCCAGGGCGCUCUGGGCUCAGGGCCGCUUUCUCCAGCCCUCUGCGUGGCCCCCAACCCCGCCGGCACCCUACUCGCUGUGGGGCACCAUUCAGAUGAUGUCUGGGUCUACGGCACCCCCUGGGGCUCGGCUGGGUGGCGCUACCCAGUAGGGGGUGUGGCGGUGCCCAGCCUGGCUUGGCUCGGGGAUGCUGUGCUGGCUGGAGGCAGCAGGGAGGGGACCCUGCGUGGCUGGGCACUGGCGAGCAGCUUGGCCUGCCCCCUGUGGGAGCUGCGGGGGCACAAGGGGGCCGUGCUGGGCCUGGCCGCCUCGUCCCAGCUGCUGGGGUCUGCCUCAGCUGUCCUGCUCCAGCAAUGGCACCGUGCGGCUCUGGGACCCGGCCAGCGGCUCCGCGAGUUCCUACCCCACUGCGGCCCCGUCAGUGCUGUCUUGGCCAUGGCUGGGCGCGUGCUGGCGGUGGUCUGCGAUGGGACGCUGGCAGCAUGGGACAUGCUGGGCGUGGACCUGACCCGCUUCCCAGCGCACCCCGGUGCCCCCUGCUCUUCCCCAGUGCCCAUCUCUCCGUGUCGCUCUUCUCUUGCAGACAGCGAUUUCGUGGUGGCCACGGCUGGAUGCGACGGGCGGGUGCAGCUCUGGAGCCCCCUGGAGUUUGGCCGCCCGCGGGCAUUGGUGGGGCACAGCGCCCCGGUGUGUGGUGCUGCCGUGAGCCCGGCUGCUGCCCGCGUCCUGACAGUGUCAGGAGAUGGUGCUGUGCACGUGUGGGCAGCGCCCUGGCAAAUGGGAUGUGUCAAGGGUCCCGGCUGGCACCGUGGGGCCAUCUCUGCUCUUGCCUGGUCUCCCGACGGGACGCUGGCGGUGUCAGGCGGGGAGUGUGGGGAGCUGAUUGUGUGGGGGGAGGCCAAGUCCCUGGCCACGGUGCAG